UGGCCCUGCGGCUGCGGCGGGAGGGCCGGGAUGAGCCGCCUGGGCCCGUGUCUGCGCCCGCGGCCGCUCCUGCGCGGGCCCUGGGCGGUGCCGCGGGGGCUGCGCCGCGUCUCGCUGGCGGCCGUUCUGCGCCGGGGCCCGGCGGGCUCCAGCAGCGCCUCUGCUGCGGGCAUGGAGGAGCUGCUGAGCCGCUCCGUCCCGCCGCUGCCGCCCUACGAGACGAAGGAGAAGGCGCCGCCUCCGGCCGAGCCGCGCAGCGCGGAGUUCAUGCGGUUCUACCGCGCCCUGCAGGCCGGGCCGCCCCGCGCCCAGCUCCUCACCCGCCUGGCCCGCGACUUCGGCGUGGACCAUGGCCGGGUGGCGGAGUUCGGCGCCAAGGUGCUGCAGGCCCGCGAGCAGCAGCGGGAGAUGGGCGCCCUGCUGCAGGCCGAGGACCGGCUCCGCUACUACCUCAACCCCCGGUACCGGGGUCUCUUCCAGCACCUGGGCCGCCUUGAGGGCGGGCUCCGCUUCCUGGUGGAGCUCAGGGGCGACCUGAUGGAGGGGCUGGCGACCAAGGCAGUGGAUGGGCCUCACGUCAAGGAAAUGAAUGGAGUUCUGAAGAGCAUGCUUUCAGAGUGGUUCUCCACAGGAUUCCUAAAUUUGGAACGAGUCACUUGGCAAUCACCUUGUGAGGUGCUCCAGAAAAUUAGUGAUUCGGAAGCUGUGCAUCCUGUUAGGAACUGGGUUGACAUGAAGCGUCGAGUUGGGUCGUACAGAAGGUGCUACUUUUUCUCUCACUGUGCAAUCCCAGGAGAGCCAUUGAUAGUCUUGCAUGUUGCACUGACCAGUGAUAUCUCCAGCAGCAUCCAGGCCAUAGUGAAAGAAGUGCCACCUUUAGAAUCAGAAGAUACAGAUAAAAUUACAACAGCAAUUUUCUACUCAAUCAGUUUGACUCAGCCAGGACUGCAAGGUGUGGAACUUGGGACUUACCUCAUCAAACGGGUUGUAAAAGAGCUGCAGAAAGAGCUUCCUCAGAUCAAAGUUUUUUCUACUCUUUCACCUAUCCCAGGAUUCACAAAAUGGCUUGUUGGUCUCCUCUCCACACAAACAAAAGAACUGGAAAGAAAUGAACUUUUUACAGAAUCAGAAUGGCAAGAAAUCUCUGAGAUCACAGGAGACUCUACUACUGAAACACUGAAGAAACUCUUAAACAACAACGAGUGGGUGAGAUCAGAAAAAUUAGUGAAAGUGCUGCAUUCACCAUUCAUGAAGCUCUGUGCCUGGUAUUUGUAUGGAGAGAAACAUCGUGGCUAUGCUCUUAAUCCAGUAGCAAAUUUUCAUCUUCAGAAUGGUUCUGUGAUGUGGCGGAUAAACUGGAUGGGGGACACAAGCCCUCGGGGCAUCGCUGCUUCCUGCGGCAUGAUGGUCAACUACCGGUACUUCCUGGAGGACACAGCCAGCAACAGUGCUGCAUACCUGGGCUCUAAACAAAUUAAAGCCUCAGAGCAGGUUCUUUCCUUGGUGUCUCAGUUCCAGCAAAAUAGCAAGCUUUAAUUAAAUACUAUGAAAACUAAGAACAAGUGUUCCUCACCUAUAAAGAGCUGUGAUACUUCAAAGUGUCUAUAUUUAAACGAGAAUGUCUGUUAUAAAACAAAUUUACUCAGCACAGCAGGAUGCCAAGCUAUCUAGGUUAUCAGUUGUCUUGCUUUCAUUGCCAUGUACUCAAAACCUGAUUUGCUGUAAGUUCUAGACAUCUGUUACAUGCAGAUUGGUUGAUGGUAUGUGUUAAAGGGUGAGUAAAAUUCUCUCAAUCAGGUACAACUCAGAAGUGGCUGGACUGGAAAAUACUUGAGCCAUACCAUUAUUCUGUUGGUAAUAAACCUUGUCUUGGAAGGGAGUGGCACUGAUUUUUCAUAAUACUGCUGUAGAUAGUUCAGUACCAAAGUACCUGGAAAGAAGUACUCAAUGAAGAUAAAUUACUGGUCAAAUAUACUAGCAAAACAGUAGUCUAUAAUUUUAUUUUAAUAGUAUUUGUAUUUUUUCCCCUUAAAAAUUCAUGUCAAAGGUUCUGGUAUUUUCCUUUUUCAAAAGGAAAAUCCCCACUGACUCCUUGCUUUGGUGGACUAUGGAAAGCCUUGCAUUACUACUGUAGAGGAAUCAGGAUCUCUCAGUGUAGCAGGUAUGUAGUGUUAUAUUUGCACUUUUGUCUGCUAAAAUAUAAUGAGCAAGGAGGAAGUGUUCGUAUAGGAGAGGGAAAUAAGAGAGGCUGAUACUUAGGGGUCAGUUGAGAAGUUUCCAAAUAUGUAUAUCGUAUUUUGGGUCUGUUAAUUUUUUAAGUUCAUAAAGAGAUAUUUUAAUAAUGAGGUAGGUGUGACCUGCAAACCAAUAAAAUAAACUUUCUCAAUAAAUAA